UUUCGAAAGGGUAUUGACUAUCCUAACCCAUCGGAUGUGCCUAUAAUUGAGGAUUCACAUGACUUUUCCAUAUCGAUGAAGCUUAUGUCUAAUAGCAAACGGUCUGCGAAUGGAGAUCAGAUGGGCUCGAAUUUUCUCAAACCGAGUCGACCGAGACUGCGUAGUCGGAGAGGUAAUCUCGCUUUGGGUGUGCUAAAUCCUGAUUCGCUUGUUGAGCUUACCUUCAACUCACCGAACAUUCCAAAGAAAGCUAUCCAGUCUCAAUUGACACCCACGGCUGCUUCUCUUGUUCCUACACCUAAUGUGUGUCACGACGAAUUGGAACAACUACCAGCUAGUGAACGUUCAUUCGGAUCUGCUUCUAGAACCUCAAUGCAGCAACCUGACGCUCGCUCGGAACCUGAUCUGGAAUCCUCCUACAAAGGUAUUUCAACCAUUAUUUUCCUUUAUUAA